UGCGAGCCCCUCGGCCCGCCUCCCAGGCUCUCCACCUGCGCGCCUUACCCCCGCCCGUCCCUUCGCGGGGCUCUGCGCCGGCGCGGUUCCCGCCGGGGCGCGCUGGGGAGCCCGCGAAGCGCAUGCGCAGUACGGGGCCCGCCGCUGCUCCAGUGUCGCCGCUACUGCCGCCUCCCAGCCGGCAAGUGUGGGAAGGAGGAGCUGAGUGCCACCGCCGCCGUUGUCGCCAUGGGGAGGAAGUCGAGCAAAGCAAAGGAGAAGAAACAGAAGCGGCUGGAGGAGCGAGCAGCCAUGGAUGCUGUCUGUGCCAAAGUGGACGCCGCCAACAGGCUUGGAGACCCACUGGAGGCUUUCCCAGUGUUCAAGAAAUAUGAUCGGAAUGGGUUGAACGUCUCCAUUGAAUGUAAGCGAGUGUCCGGCCUGGAGCCAGCCACCGUGGACUGGGCCUUCGACCUGACCAAGACCAACAUGCGCACCAUGUACGAGCAGAGCGAGUGGGGCUGGAAGGACCGAGAGAAGCGCGAGGAGAUGACGGACGACCGAGCCUGGUACCUCAUCGCGUGGGAAAACCGAUCGGUGCCCGUCGCCUUCUCUCACUUCCGGUUUGACGUGGAGUGCGGUGAUGAAGUCCUGUACUGCUACGAGGUGCAGCUGGAGAGCAAGGUGCGGCGGAAAGGCCUGGGGAAGUUCCUCAUACAGAUUCUGCAGCUCAUGGCCAACAGCACACAGAUGAAGAAAGUUAUGUUAACGGUAUUUAAGCACAAUCAUGGCGCCUACCAGUUCUUCAGAGAAGCGCUGCAAUUUGAAAUCGAUGACUCUUCCCCAAGCAUGUCCGGUUGCUGUGGGGAGGACUGCUCCUAUGAGAUCCUGAGCCGGAGGACCAAGUUUGGGGACAGCCAGCACUCCCAUUCAGGCGGGCACUGUGGCGGCUGCUGCCACUGAGUCUGAAGCUGGAACGCGCUCUCCAAGGCCUGUCCUCUCCCUGGUCUCACGCCACUCACCAGGCGGCCUCCUCAGCCCUGACCCUGGGGAGAGGUGGUCUGCCUGCCCCCUCCCUGCUUUCCCCUGGAAGGGCAGGCUGCCAGGAGGGGCAGCGAGGAGCCGGGCACCCGGCGUGUCCUCUCACAGUGGCUGCCUUCUCACUCGGCCCUGGGCGUGGGGCUCUGCGACCUCCCUGCCGCCGGAUUCCUGACAAGCCCCCUCCCCGUCACACACACAGCUGGACGAAUGGAGUGUUUGUUCCCAGCUUCAUGAAAAUCCUGGCGCCCUGGGUCAGGGUCUGGCUGGUUCCCAAAGAGGAAUGGACUCGGCGUAGGAUCUUGUGCCGAGAGAGGCUUCAGAGUGACUGCUCCCAUUCGGUGGAGGGGACGCUCAACGGAGACCCCGGAAGGUCUUUUGUGCCACAACCCCGGGAAGCAAGGGCGCUCUUCCUGGCUGUGCCUUUGUGGGUCCGCAGUUAGAGUGGAGUUGUCCCAGGGACCAGCCGGCUCUGGGAGUCCAUGGUUGUCAGCAAGGGGCCGAGGGGCCGGGAAGCAGCGUCAGUGGGGCCUGUGCGGGGACCACGGCUUCUCUGACUUCUGACCAAGCUGCAUCCCAAGCUUGGCCCCAUGAUCUCAAGGUGGUGACCCGAGGUUUUUACUCAUAGGAAAGAGCUGGAGCCCGGCCUGCUCGUCUCCGUCCCCUCGCUGCCUCCCUCUGCCUCUCGCCUGCCCCUGCCCUGUUCUGACUCUCAAGGGGGAAAUAACAUCAGGGAGCCCCUUGUCUUCCCCCUUAAGGCCCCUCGUUCCUGCCAUAUUUAAUGCCGUUUUCUCUCAUAUCUUGGUGCUGUUAGCUCUCUGAGGGUGGGUCUCCUUCCCCACCACCAUCGCCCCUGCCCCCUGGCCUUCGGAGAGCCCCCAGCCAGCAGCAGGCCUCCUGCCUGCAUCCCCCAGCCUGGCCCCUGCUCCCUUAGGGAGGCCCACCUUGUCCGGCAGCGCGGGAGGUGGCCCCACAGCUGCCCUUCUCCCUGGUGUCACCGGUGGUGGCAGGUGGACGGGGAAGCCCCUUCCUCUCCUCGGGUGGACAGGGCAUGGGGUCAGAGCUCAGGCUACCCCUCAUCCCCAGACCUUACUCCCCUUCCAGGGAAGAGAAUGACCAAAUCCUUAUCCAGGAAAAAGCACCUGCUGCCUCCCCUGGGACAGCCUGGAGCUCUGCCUUCCAGAGCAUCCUAAAGGUCCUGCCUGCAGAGUGUUGCUCCCAGGAGGUUGGUCAGUGCUUCUGACCUCAGUCCACUCACACCCCAGUCCCUGCCCUGGCUCAGGCUGCCUGUGCAGGCCCGUCUCCCUGAAGCUGCUCUGGCUUCUCCCAGGCUCCCAUGUGUGCGGGGCUGGGGCACACAGCCUCCCCGCUGAGUGCUCUGCGAUGCUCUUGACUGGCCAGCUGUGGACAUGGCACUCCCUUGGAGAGGGCCCCGCACCUUCACACUGGAGCAAACCCACCUUUGCCCCACUCGGCUGGCUCCCAGGAGUUUUUACCCAAAGGGGAGGGUUUUCAUUGCUGGGAGGACAUUAGAGGGUUCCUUCCAAGAAUUAUGGAGCAACAGAAGCAUAUUUAGGAAGAGCUUUUCCUUUGAUCCCUGCUGUCUGUCAAAGGACACAGAAUGAUAAAUACUCAUCAUUUUAGAUCAUGGAUUUCUGAUAACCUCCCACUCACGGGGCCCCAGAGAGACUCCGGUGUAAAUCCCACAUAAAGGGAGUGAAGCGUCCAUGUCUUUCCCUUCACUGGACACCUGGCACUGAGCCCCAUUGGUCAACAGACACUGGUGUGAGCCGUGCCUGUCCAGCCGCCUCUGCCGCCACCCACAGGCUGCUGGGGAUGGGGGUCAGGCUGGGCAGGGAGACACAGCCUGAGGCUUGUAGGUCACCCUGUUGCUGCCAUUGAGCCUGUUCAGUUCUCAGCCAUCAGUCUCCAUUUCCCCAAGGUCUUGGUUUUAAGAAACAGCAGGUCUUGUACCAGGCUUUUUGGUUUGUUGUCUGCUGCUGCCAAGUCGCUUCAGUCGUGUCCGACUCUGUGCGACCCCAUAGAUGGCAGCCCACCAGGCUCCCCCGUCCCUGGUGGUUUGUUUGGGGCAUGUUAAAAAAUAUAAUUUGAGAUUUGUUUUUUAGUUGUUUUCCUCUCUAUUUCAGGUUAUUUUCAUUGAUGUCAGAUAUGUACAUGACAUGUGUGUGGUUCUUUUUAACCCUUCCUGGGUUUUUUUGUUUUGUUUUUUUGGUUUUUUUAGAGGAAACUUUGGAGAUAAAAUGCCUUCUUGAUAUAUAUAUAUAUAUAUUUUUUUUCUUUAGCAACUUGUUAUCACUGGAAUCAAAGGGAAAAGUGAUCUUUUUUUGCAUUGGCUGUAUUUGUGUGUCACAAAUAAAAGACACUUUGUUCAGCUGCUGGGACGGCUUCCUGGUGCUGAGGUGCCGUGGCAGCAAGGGCUUAGACCAUCCAGCAUUGGAUCCAAACCCUCGGGCACGUAGCUGUGAUGGCCCCACACCACCUCCUGUGAAGGAAGCCUCGGGCGGGGAAAACCUCGGCGCUGGAGGUGAGGAGCCAGUUGUGGAAACUGAGACCACCGGAUGCAUAUGUUUGUGCCACUUCUCAGAAGCCCAGGGCAGAGGUCAAAGGUCUCCUGGAAGGUGCCUGCUCUGCACGCUGUGAGAGUCCCAGGCCAAGUGUUGUGGCAUUUAAGGUCUGCAGGCAAACAAAUUCCAGAACAUUUGUGUGGGCGUUGAAGAGCGCGUUGGUGUUUCUUUGACUUAACUGGGGUACUCAGAAUAUUCUUCGUCUCUUGAAAAGAUUCCGGUCCCCCUUCACUCAGAAAAACAGGCCUGAAGGAAGAGUAACUCACAUCAGGCCUGACAGGGCAGGAGAGUUACGAGCUGGGGGAGGCCCAGGCCUCUUGAGUGUGACAGACAAGCUGUGCAGCUUCUCCCAGGUGGGCUCCCGCCAAAGCCUGACCCAGGGAGCAGGGGCUCAGAGCGCUUCCCGUGGACGCUGAGGGCCAGCCUCCUCGUGUUGCUGCCAGGCGGUCCCCUCUGCCGGAAGGUGGAGAGGGCGGUCAGGGUAGAGCCCCGAGCCCCUGGAGUCUUCACGCUCUGGUGGGACAGUGAUCUGAGGAAAGGAGCAGAGUCAACAGCUGUCUCGUAGGUGCUCCAGGCCCCUACCACUCCGGAACUUCCGGCCAGGGCCGCCAUUUUGACUUCGCGACCUUGGACUCCGGCUGCGCGUUAUCUCCAGUCUACUCCGUGCCGUAAUGUCUGUGCUGACUCCACUGCUGUUGAGGGGCCUAACAGGCCCUGCCCGGCGGCUCCCAGUGCCGCGUGCCCAGAUACAUUCCAAGCCGCCGCGGGAGCAGCUCGGGACCAUGUGGCAGUUCUCGGCCUUGAAUGCGAGUCUUCAGAAUCCAGGAUCUCGCCAUUGGGCUCACCUCCUGCUUCCUGUGUUUCCUCCUGCCUUCCGGCUGGGUCCUGUCACACCUGGAGAACUACAAGAAGCGGGAGUGAUGGGAGCUGUCCUCUCCCUCGCCCCGAGACCUGACCACCCCGGCCUUUCCUGAUCAUGUCUGCUGCAUUCCUGGCCAGCCUGCCCUGGACCACGUCCUUCUGUUACAGUGACCUCUUCUGCAAUCAUGACAUCUUGAUUUCUCCACGGUGACAUCCUGGGACCACAUGUAUCUGUUUAUAAGGCCCUGCUCAGUAGGGCCUCCCUUGCAACAAUAAAGUCUAUUUAAAGCGUG